AUGGACCUGGAGAUGGCGCUCGCUCUGCUGCUCGUGGGGCUGCUGGGACUCUGCUCUGCUCAGCCAGGACACAACCAUGGGGACUUUUCAGAGCUCUCCAAGGACACGCCUGGGAGAGGGGACAUUACCAGGACCAUACUGACGAUGAAUAAUGGUUCCUCUGAGUUCUUGGAGGGAGAUGUAAUUUUGCCCAAAAGCCGCUCCGCUCUGAAGUGCACCAGUCACUCUUACAGCUGCCUCUGGCCCAAAUCCUCAAACGGGAAAGUGGAGAUCCCUUAUGUGCUGAGUGACAAAUACGACUCCACAGAGCUGAGCGAGAUUUUGAGAGCUCUGAAAGACUUUGAAAUGAAAACCUGCAUUCGCUUCGUCCCACGGCAGAAGGAGACGGCGUACUUAAAUUUUGAGCCAAGAUACGGCUGUGCGUCUCUGUUGGGUCGUAUCGGGGACAAACAGUUGGUGACGCUGCAGAGGUUCGGCUGUGUGCAGCUCGGGAUCAUUCAGCACGAGGUCAUGCACGCGCUCGGAUUCCACCACGAACACAACCGCAGCGACCGCGACCAGUAUGUGCGCAUCAACUGGGACAAUAUUAUGUCAUCUUUCUCCUACAACUUUGAGAAGGCCGACACCGACAACCUCGCCACUCCAUACGACUACUCCUCCAUCAUGCACUACUCCAAAGAUGCUUUUGGAAAAAACUGGGCUGACACCAUCACUCCGAUCCCAAACCCCAACGUCCAGAUCGGGCAGAGAGACCGCCUGUCCGACCUGGAUGUGCUCAGGAUCAACCAUCUCUACAGAUGCUGGGGAUACUGA